AACCUCCAUUUGCAUUAAACGUUAGAAUUUUUCUUCUCCAUUAUACCGGCCGUGAGGCGUGUCCCGCACAAGGCCCCGCCCCGCCGGUGAGGGGGAAGGAGGCGCGGGCGGCGCGCAGUAUAGGAGGGAGCCGGCCGUGGGGUGCAGUGGGUUCGGCGGCGUGGUGCACCAUGAGGGAGACGGGCGGUACUUCUAUGCUGCAGAACCAGCCACAAAGGCAUUAUGGAAUUACCUCUCCAAUUAGCUUGGCUCCUCCAAAGGAUAUAGAUUAUAUUCAUACUCAGAAGCUAGUUGAAGCAAUGGAGUCAUUUGGAGUAUUUGAAGAUGAGGAGGAGUUAAAUCACAGGCUGGUUGUUCUUUGUAAACUGAAUAACUUAGUCAAAGAAUGGAUUUUUGAACUUGGUGAGAGCAAGAACCUUCCCCCUUCAGUAGUAGAAAAUGUUGGUGGCAGAAUAUUUACAUUUGGUUCUUACAGGCUUGGAGUACACACCAAAGGUGCUGACAUAGAUGCUCUUUGCGUUGCCCCUAGACAUGUGGAAAGAUCAGAUUUCUUUCAGUCAUUCUUUGAAAAGCUAAAGCAGCAGGAAGAGAUAAAAAAUCUAAGAGCAGUAGAAGAUGCUUAUGUACCUGUUGUCAAGUUUGAGUUUGAUGGCAUUGAGAUUGAUCUCGUGUUUGCAAGACUGCCAGUGCAAACUGUUUCUGAUAAUCUCGAUCUCAGAGAUGACUCGCGUCUGAAAAGCCUGGAUAUAAGAUGUAUACGGAGCUUAAAUGGAUGCAGAGUUACUGAUGAAAUACUACAUCUAGUACCAAAUAAAGAGAACUUUCAGCUCACGCUCCGUGUGAUUAAACUGUGGGCAAAACGACGUGGUAUUUAUUCCAACAUGCUGGGAUUUCUUGGAGGGGUUUCUUGGGCAAUGCUAGUAGCAAGAACAUGUCAACUCCAUCCAAAUGCAUUGGCUUCUACUCUUGUGAACAAGUUCUUCUUGAUUUUUUCGAAAUGGGAGUGGCCAAAUCCUGUACUGCUGAAACAACCUGAAGAGAAUAAUCUUAAUUUACCAGUAUGGGAUCCUAGGGUCAACCCAUCGGACAGAUACCAUGUAAUGCCGAUCAUCACCCCAGCCUAUCCACAGCAGAACUCUACAUACAAUGUAUCUACAUCAACAAGAGCUGUUGUGGUAGAGGAGCUCAAACAUGGUCUCGCAAUUACAAAUGAGAUUCUCCAAGGGAAGUCAGAUUGGCCAAAGCUCUUUGAACAACCAAAUUUCUUUCAGAAGUACAAACAUUAUAUUGUACUGACUGCUAGCACCUAUACUGAAGAGCAUCACUUAGAAUGGGUUGGCCUUGUUGAAUCUAAAAUUCGUGUGCUGGUUGGAAACUUGGAAAGGAAUGAAUUUAUAAAUAUUGCACAUGUAAAUCCACAGUCUUUCCCUGGCAACCAAGAACACUGUAAACAGAGUCGCUAUGUGUCAAUGUGGUUUCUAGGAAUCAUAUUUAGGAAACUGGAAAGUGCAGAAAGCAUUAAGAUUGAUUUAACAUAUGACAUACAGUCAUUCACAGAUGCAGUUUACAGGCAAGCGAACAACAUUAACAUGCUAAAGGAAGGUAUGAAGAUUGAGACAGCUUAUGUGAAGAGAAAGCAUCUCCAUUAUUUUUUGCCUGCAGAAACCUUACAAAAAAGAAAGAAGCAGAGCAUGCUAAAUAUUGGUCAAAAUGCUAGUGGGCUUUGGUGCAAAAGGGCCUCUUCAAAUGAAAGCUUGAACAGUUCCAGAGACAACAACUCCAGGACACCAUAUAAUUCAUCUUCAUUAAGUGUGAUAUCUAAAUUGGACACUAAUACAGCAGAGAUGGAAAGAAGUGCAACAAUUUGGAGAACUAAUGGUGCUAACAAUAGAGAGAAGAUGACUCACGUAGCUGUGUCACCAGUGUCCAAGAGGAUCUCCAUUCCAGUUAUUGGCUCAAAAAUGGAGGCUGCAGUUGCCGUAAGAACCUCAGGACCUCCAUCUGACUGCACCAUUCCUACAGUAAUAGGACAUAAUGCAGUUUCUCAACUUAGAACGCGUUUUGUCCAAGGACAUCAUGAACUAAGUGGGACUCAAAUUACAAAUCCAAAGGGUGCUGCUCCUAAACGGCCUCAUUCACCUGCUUCAAAAGAAUGCUCCAAGAGAUCCAAAGACAGAGAAAAGUUAAUUGGCCAGGAUUCAGCCUUCAAAGGUGAUGGUAAUCCAGAAGAUGUAAAGACAAGAUCUACAGAAAAUGUAAUUUCAGGUGGUUUUAUUCAAAGUAGAGUUGAUCUUGGAGGAAGAAACAGGCUGGUUGCAAGUAUUGAUACAUCAAGGUCACAGAGGCUUUGCAGUGAAGAACUACCAGACUCUUCAUCUCCCAUUCCAACAACUGGUAUUCGUAUCAUUAAAAGAUCCAUCAGACUUACCCUUAACCAGUAACCAGUAUCUUCAGUUUGGGGCAGCUGGGCAGCCUACUGCAGCAGGCUCCGCAGAGUGUGCAAUGGAGAGGAACCUGAAUAUUUUCUGCUCCUAAGCAAAUCUGGCGUGAGUAGGUUCAGACUUUUUAAAGGUUCAACAUGUGCUCAGAUUUGUGUGGUUUUUACAUGGGAACAGUAAAAAGUUCAAUAGUGACACCAGCACAACUUCCAUACUGAAUCUCAUGUCCUUGGUUCUGAAAUGUGAAGAAGAGUUCCUUGAAAAUGUUUAGAAUUCUUUGAAUAUAAUUAAAGCAUCGUAUUUUCCCCAUGUUUUCUUGGAAACAACUGAGUCAUCUUUCUCCAAAAAGUCAGGUGGGAGCAGUGUGUGCAGUCAUACUCCAGAGAAAUUUUUAUUUAUUUAUUUAUUUACAAGCUUGGAGGUAACUGAAAUUGUGAUCUUAAAAUAAGAAGUGUUGACUUGCAAUACCAAAGUGCACUGAUAGCGAUAUGACUGUGGAUCAAGCGCUAUGGCCAGUAGGUACAAGAGCCAGAAAUCACUAGAAUUAAUUUUGUUUUUUCCACUUCUAGUUUUUCCUGUGUGCUCAGUGAUGAUGUGAGCAGAAAGUGAUCAUAUAAACACUGUAACCAAGUGCAUAUGCACAUCACCCUGUGUUCAAGCACUUGCCUUUGUGUAUCUAGCACUACUCUUGCCUUUCUCAAGUUGUUUUUCAUAUUUCUUUGUCUCUUAGGUGUUAGAUUUACAUUUUACGUACAGCCUUUUCCACCACUUAAGCAGAAGGGGAUAAACUUGUCACUGUGAGCACUGCCGCAGGUUCCUAAUAACUAGGCUAAAAAAUCCCUAUUAUCUUAAGUUUUGCUUUUCUUUCUUUCUCCUCUAAGCAAGGCAAGCGUUAGACCUUCAGGAAAAUGAAUGUUUAUCCUGCCCUGAUUCAAGUUUGUGAAACCAGAAGUCUUUAAGUACUUAUUGCAAGACUUGUAUUUGGUUAUUACGUUCACUUCUGUUUUUGUCCGAAUGGCAUAGCAUGAUUUAAUUUUUCCAACUUACUGUAGGUGUUUUUACAGGUUUUCACUAAUGCUGUACCUCUUGCUGUAUAGAAUAACAGCUGUGUUAGAGUCUGGAACAAACCAGUGUAGGUGUUGUAUUUACAAAAACAAAUCCAAUCUGUCAAAUCUUGAGCAAUAAGAAUACAGUAGAUAUCGUGGACAGCCACUUUAUAGAAAAUGCUGUAAUUUAGUUAAGGAAAUGAAUUGAGACAAAAAUACAUCUCUGUGAGCUGUGUUUUUGAGGAAAAUGAGUCUGUUGCAAUCAGGUAAGUGUUAGCAAUGAAAAAGCAAGGGAAUCCCCUUUCUUCCUGCUUUACCACUAAAUAAGUCAUUGGAUUACACUAAAUGAUAAGCUGUGUAAGUACAGAGAUCUUUACUUUCCUGUGAUCCAAGGUAAAUAUUUGGCACAAGCCUGUAAAACUGUAAAUCUAUGUACUAAAUUAUUCCUCUAACAGAAGUGAGCAGGGAAGUUGAUUUUUCUCUCCCAGGCUGUAACUUCAUGGGGAGAGAAUUCAAUAAGGGUAGUAUCUCAGUGCUUUCCAGCCUCUGCUUAUUUAAAUCUGUUCUCAGUUCACUUCUUAGUAACGUUGGCUAGAAGGCUGGCUGUGGAGCUCAAAUAGGGGUGUUCAGACUUAAUCUUGCAUUUUCUCAGCCUUAAAGGUCAUCCCUUAUUUCAGUGGUUGUGAUGUCAGUGGGGAAACCCGGCUGCAAUUUUCUGUUCUUGUGCAAAGGUCUCAAACGUCAAAUAAAAGCAAAACACUUAGAAAGCUUAGAACAGUUUUAGGCUUCAACUUAGAAAUUACCCACAAGUUCUUAGUGACUCCUAUCCAGGACCGUGUUAUUUCAUCAGCUCUUACUUGUAUGUGAACUUUUUUUUCCCCUCAGUUGCUGUCUCUUUUGCUUAGUUUGUUUUCUUUUUCAGCUGCUUAUUGAGGGAAUCUGUUGUUCUUCUCUUUGAUAAGUAAUGGAUGCCACUAACUAGUUUGACAGAGGAUGAACCAGAGUGUCCACCAAAUUUCCCAUAGAAUUUUGUACUAAGUUUUAGUACUAUUGUGUGUUUUCUGGUCCUGACAGUAUGUCAAAUUAUUUCUCAACGCUUGAUUCUUUACAAUAUUUCUGAGAAUUUUUCUUAAAUCUCUGCUUUAACAUGUGAGAAAUCUGUUACAGAGAUUCAUAAUUUGAGAUGUCAAAAUUUUGUGGCAAAACUAGAAACUGAAGCCAAAUUUUCUGAAUGUGUAAGAUUGUGGCGUUUGAUCCUUACCCUUUAAAGAUACGUUGUCUGUGCCUGCAAUGGGGAUUCCCAGUCCACAUCAUUACUGUAUCCCACUAGGGAAGACUGUUGCAACUACCUCUAGGGAUUGUAACUAACCACCUAUUGAUUUUUAAGCUGUUACUUACAUGAUUGAUGAUAUCGUUCAAGAGGAAUCCCAGUAGCUCCUGAUAGCAGAGCUGUGAAAAAAUUCCAGGCUGCUGAUUGUCCGAAUUGUAGAUGGCUUUUUACCUCAUCCCUGAGGUUCUGGUCUAGAUACAUCUAGAGAUGUCUUUCAGUGAUGCUGUUUGUUGUACCAUAUAAUCCUGGUUUCUAUAUGAAGAAUGACUGUAGCCUUUCAGUGAGCAAACAUUACCCUGUUAUCAUCUUUUACAGAAAACCAUCUAUUGCAGAGUACCAUUUAGCAUGAGAUACUACUUGCUCAAGGUCAUGCAUUAAAGUCACAAGGACAUUAAGCAUCCCAAAAUAAUGUUGUGGAACUGAAUGGAGAGGUUGCUGCUUGGUGAAACUAAUUCCUUAUCUGUGUGUUAAGUACUGCAAUACUAAGCAUAGCACCUAGGUUUUGCCAUGUCUCCGUCUCACAGCACUGGUAUGAGACUUGAUUUUGUUGUCAAGCAUUUUAGACCCACAGCUCUCUCUCUUGAGAUUCAGUGUUUAGAAUGACUGUUGGCUUUAGCAAAAGGUAUGUGUCUUUAUUGGGAAAAAGGUAACUACUGAAUUGGGUAGGUAUAGUUAUGAAUUAUAUAUAUAUGAACUGGUGUGUUAUAUUUUUCUGAAUGAAUGAGUGUUUACAGCAAGUUGUUUAUUAAAUCUCACAGUACUUAAAUGAAUAGUAAGUUUGUAUGGCUGCAUGUUUUUUAUUACUCAGAUCAAGUUCCAGUCAACCCAAGUGGAAGUUUUGC